GUGUUCAGCAGUCGGAGGGGAAGGAUACACGCCGCCCCUCGGAGGCUACACCCUCCCCAUCAUACCACCGCCCCCCGGAGCUGACCUUGGGAGGCGGCUAACUAAAGGGCUGACAGGUGUUACUGGUUCCAUGAAAUAGGUGUCGAAAGCCCUCGAAGACCCCAUGAGUGACAUCGCAGCCCUGCUCGCCCCCCCCUGUGACAACGAUACGCCCCCCAUCUUACCCCCCGAGGAUGUGUGCAAAGGGGGCGACAACUGCACCCUGGUGGCCUCCAACCCCGGGGCAACCAUCAUCUCCCCGCUCCUCCUCUCCUUGGCGGGGGUCACAGGUCACAUCGGCGCCCUCUGCUACCUCUACAGCGGCCCUCGGCGGAGCAACACUCACACCGUCUUCUACCUCCUUCUGUGCACUCUCAUAUGGACGGAUUUCUUCGGCAAGGUCUCCACUACGCCGCCAGCUCUCAUCUCCUACGCGUUUGGCCGGUGGAUGGGCGGGCGCGAGAUGUGCCACCUGCACGGGUUCACGAUGAUCCUGGUGCAGGAGGUCACCUUCCUGACGGUCGCGGCCAUGGCGGUGGAGCGGCUGCUGGCCAUCUGUCACGGCUACCUGUACGAGAGGCUGGUCACCUUCUCCCGAUGCUGGUACCUGCUGGCUAGUAUAUGGGUCUCCUCACUGCUGGUCUGCCUGCUGCCGCUGUUCGGGGUGGGCGAGUUCUUCCUUCAGUACCCCUUCACCUGGUGCUUCAUUAACAUCCACCUGUGCCCCUCCACGCCCCUCCGCCACCGCCUCUUCACUACCACCAUGGGCUUCUUCAACGCCGGGUGCCUCGUGGUGAUCGUCGUCUGUAACAUAUGUGUGGUGGGCACGUUGCUUCGGAUGCGACUGUCCCGCAGAAUCCCGGCGCACCUUUCCGGCGGUCGGCGCGCGUCGGUGCAGCGGGACCAGGAGCUACAGAUGGUGGUGCUGCUGCUAAUCAUCACAGCCGCCUUCGUGCUGUCCUGGGGCCCCCUCACGCUGCUCCAGUGCUGCAACCACCUCAAGCCGCCGCACGUGACCCGCGAGGACCACAUGCAGGACCUGGUGGCCAUCCGCUUGGUGUCCAUCAGCCAGAUCCUCGACCCCUGGGUCUACAUCAUCUGCCGGGUGCUGUUCAAGUCCAAGGCGUGGCAGUGCUGGCGCCGGGUGAUGAUGGAAGGAAGGCGGUGGUCCAGACGAAGGCACUCUCACAGCCUCAAGAACAAGCACAACCACAGCGAUUACAUGUCCCCCUCCAGUGACGCCAACCCCCCGUCGCCUCGUGCCUCUUCCCCCGUGCCUCCGCCGUCCCUGAUUCCUGGUGGAGAGGACAGCACCCACCUCAACGGAGCACCCACCUGGAGACCCCCUCAACACCUCACCACCACCACCACCACCUUCAACCACAACCACCACCAACCACCACCACCUGACGGAUUCUUCGGCGACUCAAUUGGCUUGGUGGACAUAGGCGGUGGUGAUGACGGUGGUGGUGAUAGUGGUAUUGAGCUGCCCCCACUCCCUCCACCACCACCACCACUACCAGAGCACCAAAUGGAAGCGUUUCAAGUGGUGGAGCUGCCCCGCGGUGGUGGUGAUGAAGGUGGUGGUGGUGACGAGUCAACACCACUAACCCGGAGCGUGUCGUUAGCCAUCCCCAGCUUCCCCAGCAUCCCCAUCCCCCUGUUCAUCUGCGAGCACUACACCAUGGGCCCCCCCGCCGUCCCCGCACCCCUCACCCCCGCCUCGCAGCAGGAAGGGGGCGUGACGCGUGCCCGCUCCUGCUGCCUCGACCACCACCACCACCACCACCUCCCCCUCCCCCUGCCGCCCAUACCUGGUGGACUCUGGGGGGUGCCCCGAAGCCGGUCCUGGGGCAGCAGCGGCGGAUGCGGGGGAGGGGGUGGAGGGGGGUCGAGAGACAGGCCCCCCCAGCGGUCCUCCAGCACCCAGACUCUCCCAGGGGGGGCGUCUUUCCUUUCCCCCGCCUACCCAUGCACAGCUAACAAAGGGGAAGGGACGGAGAGUGGGGAGGAUGCGAUGGGGGAGAGGUAGGGGAGGGAGGGGAAGAAGGGGUGGGAGGGAGGAAGAGGAGAGGGGAGAAAGGGGAGAGAGGAGGGAAGGAAGCAGAUAUGAAGAGAGAGAGAGAGAGAGAGAGAGAGAGAGAGAGAGAGAGAGAGAGAGAGAGAGAGAA